AUGGAAGAAGAGUACAAAGGGAUUGAUCCAAAUACAGGGGACAUGGCUGCUUUUAGGGGUGGACUCAGGUCGAAAAAGAGGAUUUAUAAGCCUUUCAAUGCCACUGUCAGGAAUAGAGGUCAUGAUAUUUCGCUUCGUUGGAACGGUGAUGCAGGAUCAAUAUUGAUCAAUGGGACGGAGUACCCUCUUCGACAAGCUCAUUGGCACUCUCCUUCUGAACACACUAUUAAUGGUAGAAGGUACGCCAUGGAACUGCACUUGGUACACCAAACCUCGGACCUAAAUGUGAAGAACCGGAUAGCCGUUACUGGUGUCUUCUACAAGAUUGGCAAACCUGAUAAAUUUCUCUCCAAGUUAAUGACAAAUAUAUCAUCAAUAGUUGAUCAAAAGGAUGAAGACAGAAAUGUGGGAAUAAUUAAUCCAAAAGAUAUUGAAAUGAAGAGCCAAAGGUAUUACAAAUACAUGGGAUCACUCACAGUUCCUCCUUGUACUGAAGGUGUUAUCUGGACCAUAAACACUAAGGUGAAGACUGUUUCAAGAGAUCAACUUAAGUUGCUUAGAGAAGCCGUCCACGAUUAUGCAGAAGAAAAUGCAAGGCCGUUGCAACCAAAACACAGUCGAAAUAUUUACCUUUACGGCCCGGGAGAUACAAGUGAUUGAUCAUUGAUCACCACCAUUUAUUCAAUUUUGUCCUUCGGCACCUGCCAACACUAUUGUAUUGAAUCUUUUUUUUUUUUCUCAUUAUUUUUAUGUAUGUUAGAGCCAAUUAUUUUAAUAAAAAUAUAUGAUUGAGACA